AUGCGUGUGCUAGAAUAUGUUUUCAAUGUCUUAACGAUCCUCGGAUACUCGCGGCCACCUUCUUGGACGUCGCCGUUUAAAAAGUUUCUCUACAACGUGUACACGACGUCCGUGUUCGCGGUGAUACAGGCACUCUUGGUCAGCGAGGUGCUAGAUCUGGUCCUGGUGGUCGACAAUCAAGACGAUUUCGCGGAUAAUGUGUACAUGAUGACGGUUAUUCUCAUUACUUCCUUCAAGAUGUCCGGUCUGAUGAGGAUGAGGGCGAACAUCGAUAUGUUGAUUGAUACUCUUAACGAGAAGCCGUUUUGCCCGGUGAACGCCGAGGAACUGAACAUUCGAACGAAAUUCGACAAUAUGGCCGCACAGAAAACGAAGGCGUACUUGAGCAUGGUCGAAGGUUGGGUGGUAUGGGCGCACACGAUGUCGCUGAUCGUGGACUCCCCGACAGGAAAACUGCUCUACCGCGCCUGGUUACCGUUCGAUCAUACCACGCCGCUGGGUUACAGCGUUGCGUCCAUUCAUCAGAUCGCAUGCUCCAUAAUCGCCACCGCGACGAACGCCGCUUACGACAGCCUGUUCAGCGGUCUGUUGAUUCACGUAUACUCUCAGUUCGAGAUACUCGGGCACCGGCUGCGUAACAUUCACGGGGACGAGAACGAUUCGUUGAAACUGUGUGCUCGUCAUCAUGACCUGAUCUACAAAUUCGCCGGGAUCGUGAACAAGGAGUUCAAGAGCGUGAUGUUCAUGCAGGUUCUCAUGAGCACGUUCACGCUCUGCUUCGACCUCUACCAACUGACCAUGCACGAAUUCAGCAGCGGCUCGGCCGACAUGGUGCUCUACGUGUCCUGCACCCUGAUGCAGAUAUAUUACUACUGUUGGCACGGGAACGAAGUCAAACUGAAGAGUCUGCAAGUGACAGACAUGAUAUUCGAAAGCGACUGGACCCGUUUCAGCAACAGCGCGAAGAAGAUUCUGCUGGUGAUGAUGAACCGAGCAACGGUGCCGAUCGAGUUCACCAGCCUCUACCUCGUGACCAUCAAUCUCGAAUCUUUCAAGGCGCUGGUCAAGACAUCUUAUUCGGUAUUUAAUCUACUUCAGCAGACCAAAUAAUGACAGUUGGACAGAGGAGGACCAUGUCCGUUCUGCGAACCCGUUUCGAAUGGAAUUUUUCGAAAAGUGCAGAAAACGGAUGGAGGGCGGGUGCAAACGAACAAGUUGAGAGCUACUUUAGUGUAC